CGCCUCUCCUGAAGCGCAGCACGGCGGCGGGAAGGAGUCCUCUGCCCCGUUGCAUUCUGCCGCCACGGCGGCACAUGCGCCGGCACCGGGUGUGAAGCUUGAAGAUUAUGUGAACGAGUGUGCGGUCUCUGUCACUGCAUACCCCGAGGCGCGCCGCGGUGGCGGAAAGAAGCCGUCCUCUGCCCUGCUACCUUCGGCCGUGGCGCUGCUGCCAGCACCAGCGCCGGCACCGGAUCUGAUGCUAGAGGACUAUGUGAGCAAGGGCGUGGUUUCUGUCACCGCCCACCCUGAGGUGCGCCGCGGCAGCGGGAAGAGGUCGUCUUCGGCUCGUUCGCCUUUAUCCCCGGCAGCAACGGUGCUGGCGCUGGCAUCGGGUCGGUCACUCAAGGACUAUGUGAAGGAGUGGGUGGCGAGGAAGGUGGCGUCAGGUGCCUCCCCGCAGCAUUGUGUGCUGCCAUUCCUCAAUGGUGCGCCCAAGGCGGUUGAAUGUCGUGUGUGCUAUAAGAUUAUCCAUCCCUUGGAAGAAAUAAAAUGUUCAGUUAGCCGUUGUGAACAAAUGUUCCAUCUGACCUGUGUGGUGGAAUAUAUUGCAAAUUUCACUCCUGAAAGCUUCAGGUGCCCUCAGCAUGGUUGCAUGGUUUGUAAGCAAAAAAUGUUUUUUUGGCGCUGUGGACGUUGUACAGUUGCAGCACAUACAAAAUGUGCACCAUGGCCUCUAAUUCAUCUAAAAGAUGACCAAGGAAGUGCUAUUUGCUGGAGGCACCCUUCCAAUUGGCUCCUUCAAAAUGAGAAUGCUGACCUGACAAACAACAUAGAGGAAGUCUUCUGCCGACUACCUCUUCCAUAUGUCAAUGAAGAAUUCAAUAUUGAUUCAACCAUUAGGAAUUUCACGGCGAUUGUUUGUAAACCGCCCUCGUACACACAUAUCAGGCGCAAUGUAUAUUUAGUCAAGAAGAAACGCGCCGAUUCAAGUGCCGAGACUGGGUGCACAAAUUGCAAAUCUGAUUCUGUUUGCAAAGAUGAUUGCGAAUGCAGGGGUCUUUCUAUGAGUUGUUCCAAGAGUUGCCACUGCUCAGAUCUGUGUAGCAACAAACCAUUCCGCAAGGAUAAGAAAAUUAAAAUUGUCAAGUCAGAAGGCUGUGGAUGGGGUGCUGUUGCAUUGGAGCCAUUGGAGAAAGGUGAUUUCAUAAUUGAGUAUGUGGGUGAAGUCAUCAAUGACGCAACAUGUGAACAACGGCUUUGGGACAUGAAGCGGCGCGGGGACAAAAAUUUCUACAUGUGUGAAAUCAGCAAAGAUUUUACAAUAGAUGCAACUUUUAAAGGAAACACUUCACGUUUUCUAAACCAUAGCUGUGAUCCCAACUGUAAACUAGAAAAGUGGCAAGUUGAGGGUGAGACAAGAGUCGGUGUUUUUGCCUCUCGUUUCAUUGAAGUUGGAGAGCCCUUAACUUAUGAUUACAGGUUUGUGCAUUUUGGAGAGAAGGUUAAGUGCCAUUGCGGAGCAAAGAGUUGCCAAGGAUACUUGGGCAGCCAACUAAAGAAUCCAACACAGAACGCUCUUGCGGCUGCGGCGCUUGAGAAUAAUAAGUUGCUCGUGCAACAGGGCGGCUGCUCUCCUUCAAGGGUCAAAACAGAGACUCGCCUGUUACCCUGGACCAACUGUAUAGAGGUUCCCUUUAACUUGAGGAGCAAAACGAAGAUAGACCGGAUAUGUUGGGGACACAAACGGCAGCGGACGUCCCUUUUAGAUCCAUCGUCAUCUUCAGCUAGCGUGCAGCCAUCAGAUAUUGAAGCUGGUGCAUUCAUUCUAUAGAGAGCUUUUGGGCUAAGCUGAAGUCCUGAGUCGAUUCUGUAUAAAUAUAUCAUGAUGAUACACUCGUAUAUGAGUUCAUUUGAAACGAUUCUUUCACAUUUGCUGAUUCAGGACUUUUACGAUGUUGUAAGUUGUAACAUUUUCUUCAUCCCAUAGUCAAUUUUAUAGUUGAAGUUGGAGAGAACACUCUGAAUCUUUUGCAAGUUGUAAGCAGGUUUGAGCUGAUUGUGUUUAUUAACCUCCCGUUCAUGCAAA